AUGUCGUCCCCUGAUCGUCGUACCGGAGUGAAACGGCCUAGAACGCAGUCGCUCCCACCGCCGUCAUUGCCCCAGCUGGUUGCUGAACAGAAGACUCCCAUUCCGGCCACCGACAAAGAUUCCCAGCGGCUGAUUGUCGUGCUCUCCAAUGCCAGCCUUGAGACAUACAAGGCGGUGCAGGGAGGCGUCAACCGCGCUGGGCUCCACCGAGAGGAAAAGUACUCGCUCCUCAACAGCGAUGAGCAUAUAGGUGUUAUGCGCAAGAUGAACCGCGACAUUAGCGAUGCACGACCGGACAUCGCGCAUCAGUGCUUACUGACCCUCCUGGACUCACCGAUCAACAAAGCCGGCAGACUCCAAAUUUACAUUCACACAGCUAAAGGAGUGCUUAUCGAGGUAUCACCCUCCGUGCGUAUACCCCGGACUUUCAAGCGAUUUGCAGGCCUCAUGGUGCAGCUCCUGCACCGGCUGUCAAUUCGCUCCACGACUUCCAACGAGAAGCUUCUGCGAGUGAUUCAGAAUCCAAUUACGGAUCACCUGCCGCCAAACUGCCGCAAGGUAACGCUCAGCUUCGACGCUCCCGUAGUUCGCGUACGCGAGUACAUGGAGACGCUUGGCCCCAAAGAGAGCAUCUGCGUGUUCGUUGGAGCCAUGGCAAAGGGUGCCGACACUUUUGCCGACUCAAUAGUUGAUGAGAAGAUCUCCAUCAGCAAUUUCUCGCUAUCAGCAAGUGUGGCGUGCAGCAAGUUCUGCCACGCGGCCGAGGAUGCGUGGGACAUCCUCUAA